UUUCCUCGUGCACAAAUUCAAACUGCUCCGAUGACGAAUACGGACAACGGACGAUCAAGCGUUACAGAAACUUCUGGAAUGACUUUGAUGCAGCAAAAUGCUCUUAGACCAACACUGCCUCAUGAAAUGCCGGACGAAGGCAAAUUAUUCGUCGGUGGUUUGAAUUGGGACACGACUGAUGAUGGUCUCAAACAAUAUUUCACUCAAUUCGGCAAGGUCAAUCAUUGCCUAAUCAUGCGUGAUCCCAGUACAGGUCGCUCGCGUGGUUUCGCAUUUUUGACAUUUGAUGAUCCUAAAUCUGUCAAUUCAGUCAUGGUCAAAGAGCAUUUUCUUGACGGAAAAAUGAUCGAUCCGAAGAGGGCAAUUCCAAGACAAGAGAAUGUCAAGACUGCAAAAUGCUUUGUCGGUGGAAUUCCUCAAUCAGCCACCAGCGAAUCAUUCAAAGCAUUCUUUUCACAAUUUGGCCCUUUGCUUGACAGUACAUUAAUGUUGGACCGUGAUACGCAAAAGCCACGUGGAUAUGGAUUUGUGACGUAUGAGAAUGAUCAAGUUGUAGAACAAUUGAUUCAAAUGGAUAACUUAGCAAUGGAUGGAAAGAUGAUUGAAGUCAAACGUGCAACUCCUAGAAACGCCGAUGGAACAAGACGUCCAACAGGACCACAAAAACCUGAAAUGAAUCAGAAACGUGGUGGAGGCGAUUUCGGCAAUGAUGGCAACUCCAACAUGUUUGGUUACGGUUCUAAUUCUAUGGGCGGCGGUAAUGAUAUGUCAUCAAUGAUGAUGGGUAAUAACCCUAUGGCUUCAAUGAUGAUGAAUCCAAUGUUCAACUCUGCUGGCUCUCAAUCAUUCGAUCCAAAUGCAAUGGCUAGCUUCUUCCAGCAACAAGGUGGUGGCGGUUUUAAUCCGAUGAUGUUUCAACAAAUGAUGAUGGCCGCAAAUAUGGGUGGCAUGAUGGGCGGCGGAGGUGGAGGAUGGUCAAAUAAUGCUAACAUGGGUGGAUUUGGAAUGGGUAUGGGUGGAAACGCAGGUUCGAUGGCCAACAAUGGCAACAGAAAGACCGGCGGCAGAAGCGGUUCAGCAGAUCAUGGUAGCAAUCAUGAUCAAGACCGUAAUUCAAGAGAUCGCUCAGAAUCAGGUCGUGGUAGACCUUUGAAUGCACCUCCUUCUUCUGCUGGUUUGCCAACCAGACCUGAUGGCUCAAAUAACAAUUCAGGCCGUGACUAUCAACGCGAACGCUCACCUGGAAGACGCGAAGAUAGCAGCGGAGCUCGAGAAGGGCGUUGGUGAUUGCUACAGUAACGAACAAAACUCAGUGUAAUUACUGCUUUUCUAUGAAGCAAUAUGUUAAUGUAUAUUAUUAAGGUCGAAAAUUGAUCUGGUUGGGU